AUGCCCAAAGGUCGUCUGAAACAGCGGCUUCGACGUGACUCAAUCGUUGUCGUGAACGCAUUCACGCUACAGUCAAGCACGACUCCUGACGCUACGAAGACACAGCAGCGAGGCAAGAGACCAAGUGAGAAGCAGAAGAAGCGGGUCAAGACACUUCAGGACGGCUCUACGCGCCAGGAGCUCCCGCAGCGUCUAAGAAACGAUCUGAUUGGUCAAAAUGUGAACGCGUCCGGUCCAGUCAAAUUGACAGAUUCUGAACUUACGCCCGGCUCUGUCCUUCGAGUGAAAAGAGCUACUGACGUUGUACCAGGGGUGUAUUGGGUCUUGCUGACCCGCGCGACGUUACGCGCCUGUGUCGUCACGUUGCCCGCUGGUGACGAGACGUCUCCUGCUCAAUUGGCGGGCAUGCUCAAGCUCCUCGGUCUGCAGGCUGUUGCACUGCACGGAAAGAUGACGGGACAGCAGCGACAGGCGACGGUACAGAGGCUACACGCCGGGAGAUCGCAGUCGACGUCAGUGUUGCAUGCUAUGGUGCUCGUGACAACGGACAAGUUCCUGCCAAGCACAACGUGUGUAACGGCUGAGGUGGUUCUAGUUGGCGCGGUGAGCGCUCUUGCGACGCAAGUCGCGACCACGAAGUUUGCUCAUGUGCACCAUGUGACAACUGCUGCAGGAGGGACUGCUGGAGCACCAGAGUUGCUGAAUUUGACGCAAUUUGUUCCGGAGCUUAUGGCACCUUGUUUGCAGCAACUGCAGACACGGUUGAAGCUGGCGCGACAGGUUGUGGACAUUGUGCAACGUACUGGCAAAAGGAAUGUUGUUGCUGCUGCGAUGGACGAUGUUGAUAAGUGGGCUCAAAAAUUGACGAAACUAGCAGAUCUAGAUGAUGAUGAUGGUGAAGAUACUGCUAGUGGGAACAAGAAGAAGCGUAAGCGUGCAAUGACACCAGAUGAACAGAGGCUGCAGGCGUUGACGGAGAAGCUGUACGUGAUGUUGGCGCGUGGAUUGCCAGGACUGAUCAUGAAGAAUACCAGUGUGUCGACGAGUGGAGGACAGGAGUGUGAUAGUCAAUUUCGGGGUGAGAAACUGAAAGUGUUGGGUCUCGUUACGAUCAACGCUGCUGUAGGGACGGCCAUGACGGACGAGCGUACGUCUGCUCAAACUCGGUGGAUGGACUUUGCCGAAGGAAGACAAUUCGGUGGUCAGUGGGAGGGAUCUGUUCGGCAUGGUGCGUCGAAAGACAGAAGUUCACUCGCUCUUCGCGAGAAGGUUUGUGCUGCACGAGGCAAGCUGCAUGGGUCAAACCACUUGAGCCGAUGGAUGCCUAACAAAGAACCGAUUGACAUUGAGCAAUGGGGUGGUGCAUUCGGCAAGGUGUGCGGACACAACGAAGUGGUUAUGAACGAUCUGCGGGCGUUUUAUCCACAAGAAGUCUUGAACUCGAAGGUUUGCAGCAAGUUUUUUCCUGCACCAGGUAACCAAGGCUUCGAUGGGUGUCUGGAGCACUUACGAUUAGCUUGUGUGGCACAAAGCAUGAGCAUGACGUUAUGGGAUGCCGAGUACUUUAUCUUCAUCUCUUCGCGCGGGCGUGUCACCUGGUCGAAGAAGAGUCAACUUCUGUUGCUAUCUCUGGCAAGUUUGCGAUGCCUUGUCCCCGCGCUUCGCGACUGGACCGCAAUGAGUGGCGGCCAUGUGCCACCGAAUGCAGUUCUUUUAGCAAUUCGACUUUGCUGUCAGCUUGGCCAUGGCGGCAAACGAUGCAAUCUGCCUCCUAACGUGCUGAAGCGCAUCAUGAGCUACGCGUUUGGUGGAUCCGCCCGGUUAUGGCGACAAAUUGUAAACGCUCCAAUUUUGCUAGACGAAGAUAUCGUGUACGAUUCCGAGUAG